AGCGUGGUGAGGAGGGUAACACCUGACCUGGCCGCCGAAGAAGAAGUAAGGCGGAAGUAGUGUUCUGUUUGCUGAACGCAGGAAGGAGACGAGAAGCAGAAGAGCAGAUUAUAAAAAGAAGAUUACAAAUAAUAAUAAAUUACACUUUUCCCAGCUCUGGGGCUCAGAAAUGCAGCUUUAAACGUUUCUGCACCAUCCAAUUCUCCAUCAUCUAACUCUCCUGCCUCAGGCAUCACUCAGCAUGAGCAGAACAAUCCUAUGAACCCUCUGCGGAUCUCUGUUCAAAGCCUCCCGUUGUUGGCUUCCAUGGCCAACACCACUGACUCUCGUUUCCGCCUCAAAUGGAAACCAAUUGUCGUCUUGGCCUUCUCCCUGUGCCUACUUCUCAUACUGUUAAUGCACUUAAGCUCAAGCACACGCUUUAACCCUAGCGGCUCAUUCUACUGGAAAGCCGACAGCGCUUACCUCAAACACUCUGACCCCCUUUACAAUGACACAUACCCCCUCAGCCCACCAGAGCUCACGUCACAGGGCACCAGAUACCGCAUCGGGGUCAUUGCAGACCUCGACACAAACUCUGCAAGUACAAAGAAAACGACGUGGUUCAGCUACAUGCAGCGGGGGUAUCUCUUUGUGUCCCAGAGUGGGGACAAAGUGGCAGUUGAGUGGGACACAAAUAGGGUGGUUCUGGAAAGCCACCUAGCUGAGAAGGGCCGAGGUAUGGAGCUGUCUGAACUGGUGGUUUUCAAUGGGAAGCUCUACAGCGUCGACGACAGAACUGGUGUCAUCUACCACAUUGACGGCGACAAGGCUGUGCCCUGGGUCAUCUUGACUGAUGGUGAUGGUAGUGUUGCCAAAGGGUUCAAAGCAGAGUGGAUGGCUGUGAAGGAUGAGCAGCUAUAUGUCGGUGGUCUCGGGAAGGAGUGGACCACCAUCACAGGCGAGUUUGUCAACAACAACCCAGAGUGGGUCAAAGUGGUGGGCUUUCAAGGGGAUGUGAGGCACGAGAACUGGGUUCCCAAGUACAAACUGUUAAAAUCUGCUGCAGGAAUAGAACCUCCAGGUUAUCUCAUCCAUGAGUCCGCUGCAUGGAGUGACACCCUGCAGCGGUGGUUUUUCCUCCCUCGGCGUGCCAGCAAGGAGCGCUACGAGGAGGCAGCAGAUGAACGGCGUGCCACAAACCUCGUCCUCAGCUGCUCCUCCGACUUUCAGGACAUCACCGUGAGCCGAGUUGGUCCACUUAAUCCCACUCACGGCUUCUCCUCCUUCAAGUUCGUCCCGAACACCGACGACCAGAUCAUCCUGGCACUCAAGUCAGAAGAAGAUGCUGGAAACAUCGCCACGUACAUCACAGCCUUUACGCUGGAUGGACGCAUCCUUUUACCCGAAACGAAGAUCGGGGACGUGAAGUACGAGGGGUUAGAGUUCGUAUAGGAUGGUGUCUGGUUACUGAAUGUGCUUCAGUUUUGUUUACAAAGAGCUCGCUGCUUCCUCGUCAGUGAUGUGUAGCACAUGAAGGACAACCAUGUCAUCUUACAUCGAUGGGUCCAGACUCUAAAAUGUGUCUCUGUUUGGGUGUUCAAAGAACAAAGUAGCAGCUCGUGUCGUUGUGGAUCAUCUCAUCCUCAGGCCGCGUGUGGCUCUCUGACGUACUGUAGCCUUUAUUACAAUGAAUGUACAAAAACACUGAUCAGAUACUCUUUUACUUCAUGAAGCAGUAAUUUUCAUGCACAUAAUCAUUCACAGGAGGUCAAAGGUUGAUCUUGUGGCUCCUUGGCAAACAGUGGAAGGGAAGAAAUCAGGUUUUUAAUGUACAUAAAAUUAUUUUAAUGAUUGUUUAAAAGCUAAAUCACACUGUGACGUUUUUGCUGGUGAAGUAAAAUAUUGAUGACUAA